GGAGCCGAGGCCGAGGGACGCUCCCCCGCCCCCGGAACGGAAUCCUCCCGGGAGCCGAGGAGGCUCGCGCGCGUGCAUCCCGCACCAUCCCCCGGCCCCGGGCCCUGGCCGGCGUCAGACCGAGCUGCCGCCGCCACCACCGCAGCAGCAGCAGUCGGGGAGCCAGGCCCAGCCAGGGCCGCGGGAGGCGGGGGCGCCCGGGCCCUGGAUGUCCCGCAGCGCGGCGGCCAGCGGCGGACCCCGGAGGCCUGAGCGGCACCUGCCCCCAGCCCCCUGUGGGGCCCCGGGGCCCCCAGAAACCUGCAGGACGGAGCCAGACGGGGCGGGCACCAUGAACAAGUUACGGCAGAGCCUGCGGCGGAGGAAGCCAGCCUACGUGCCCGAGGCGUCGCGCCCGCACCAGUGGCAGGCAGACGAGGACGCGGUGCGGAAGGGCACGUGCAGCUUCCCGGUCAGGUACCUGGGUCACGUGGAGGUAGAGGAGUCCCGGGGAAUGCACGUGUGUGAAGAUGCGGUGAAGAAGCUGAAGGCGGUGAGUGAGGGGGCUGCCAUGAGGGAGGGGGGGCAAGGUCAGACAGGGAGAGGCACCCUGACCCGGCUCCUUUGUCCCCUUGCCUCCCUCCAGAUGGGCCGAAAGUCCGUGAAGUCUGUCCUGUGGGUGUCAGCCGAUGGGCUCCGAGUGGUGGACGACAAAACCAAGGAUCUUCUGGUCGACCAGACCAUCGAAAAGGUCUCCUUUUGUGCUCCUGACCGCAACCUGGACAAGGCUUUCUCCUAUAUCUGCCGUGACGGGACUACCCGCCGCUGGAUCUGCCACUGUUUUCUGGCACUGAAGGACUCCGGCGAGAGGCUGAGCCACGCUGUGGGCUGUGCUUUUGCCGCCUGCCUGGAGCGAAAACAGCGACGGGAGAAGGAAUGUGGGGUCACGGCCGCCUUCGAUGCCAGCCGCACCAGCUUCGCCCGCGAGGGCUCCUUCCGCCUGUCUGGGGGUGGACGGCCUGCUGAGCGAGAGGCCCCGGACAAGAAGAAAGCAGAGGCAGCAGCUGCCCCCACUGUGGCUCCUGGCCCUGCCCAGCCUGGGCACGUGUCCCCGACACCAGCUACCACAUCCCCUGGUGAGAAGGGUGAGGCAGGCACCCCUGUGGCUGCAGGCACCACUGCCGCCGCCAUCCCCCGGCGCCAUGCACCCCUGGAGCAGCUGGUUCGCCAGGGCUCCUUCCGUGGGUUCCCAGCACUCAGCCAGAAGAACUCGCCUUUCAAACGGCAGCUGAGCCUACGGCUGAAUGAGCUGCCAUCCACGCUGCAGCGCCGCACUGACUUCCAGGUGAAGGGCACAGUGCCUGAGAUGGAGCCUCCUGGUGCCGGCGACAGUGACAGCAUCAACGCUCUGUGCACACAGAUCAGUUCAUCUUUUGCCAGUGCUGGAGCGCCAGCACCAGGGCCACCACCUGCCACAACAGGGACUUCUGCCUGGGGUGAGCCCUCCGUGCCCCCUGCAGCUGCCUUCCAGCCUGGGCACAAGCGGACACCUUCAGAGGCUGAGCGAUGGCUGGAGGAGGUGUCACAGGUGGCCAAGGCCCAGCAGCAGCAGCAACAGCAGCAGCAACAGCAGCAGCAACAGCAGCAGCAGCAGCAGCAGCAAGCAGCCUCAGUGGCCCCAGUGCCCACCAUGCCUCCUGCUCUGCAGCCUUUCCCCGCCCCCGUGGGGCCCUUUGACGCUGCACCUGCCCAAGUGGCCGUGUUCCUGCCACCCCCACACAUGCAGCCCCCUUUUGUGCCCGCCUACCCGGGCUUGGGCUACCCACCGAUGCCCCGGGUGCCCGUGGUGGGCAUCACACCCUCACAGAUGGUGGCAAACGCCUUCUGCUCAGCCGCCCAGCUCCAGCCUCAGCCUGCCACCCUGCUUGGGAAAGCUGGGGCCUUCCCGCCCCCUGCCAUACCCAGUGCCCCUGGGAGCCAGGCCCGCCCUCGCCCCAAUGGGGCCCCCUGGCCCCCUGAGCCAGCGCCUGCCCCAGCUCCAGAGUUGGACCCCUUUGAGGCCCAGUGGGCGGCAUUAGAAGGCAAAGCCACUGUAGAGAAACCCUCCAACCCCUUUUCUGGUGACCUGCAAAAGACAUUCGAGAUUGAACUGUAGCCCGAGCCGCCCCACCCACUCCAUCAUCUCCAGGUGCCCCACGCCUGGGGGUGGAGGCACAACCUCUCCCCUAACCCUGCUCCCUGGGGCUGCGCCCCUCAACACCCUCUCAACACCCCCCUCACUCAACCACCCCGACAACCACUACAGAACCAACAUUGUGACGCCCAGGUUGCAACAGGAUGGAAUUCAGGGACGGACCCAGCCUGGCUAAGGGAACCAUUUCACUGCCGGACUUAGGCUGGCAAUGCCCCCUUCCCCAACCCCAGACACAGGGGUUGGCCACAAUCCCACUGAAUGCCCUUGGUUCACACUCCAUUUCCCAGUUUCUGUUGACCCCCACCUUCCAGUGUUGGACAGGAUGGAGGGGGGACACUUGCUUAGGGGCUCUCCUGGGCCCCACACCAGUGCCCACCCCAAAUCUGGUCGUCUCCUCCCCCCAUGCACAGCACAAGCUAAGGGCUGCCCUCUGCCCACACGCUGCGUUCACUGCCAAUGCUGUACUCACCUCCAUCACCCUCCAACUUUGGGGCCUAUGUCUUCCUUGGGCCAAGGUCUCAUGGGGGCUAGGGCCAAGUUGGGGGCCCAGGAGGCGGGGAGGGGGGAGGAGGAGAAGAUGCGCAGUUACCUCAUGUCGGUGCCCGCUGGGGAGGGGUCCAGGAAGAAGGGGAAGGGGUGCCUGGCGGGUACUUUUCUAUCUUUUAUUUCCAGAUUUUUUUUGUAUCUAAACUUGAAGAUUUGUAUUAUACAAGGACAGCCAAUAAAGGAAGAAUAUAAUGCUG